GUGCAAAGGUCGGCCCGUCACUUCCUUCGGCUCGAGUGGAUAAACGGACCGUGCAAGUGGCUCUCAGCCAGACCGCAGGAUGAAGGCCGGGAAGAGCGAGCGGGAGCGAAGCGGCCGGCGGCGACACCGGGCCGACGAUGCGUUGGCGACCGUGGUGGUGAAGCAGGAGCGUCUGAGCCCCGAACCUAUCGCGCACCGGCGGCCCGACGCCCCAGCCGCUAGCCCGUCCCCGCCCGCCGCUGAGCCUGGCCGCGCUAACCACCGUGGGAGUCGAGCCCGGGGAGAGAGCCGGUCCCCAGCCAAAAAGAAAAUCAAGUCCUCGGGGAGAAGAAGCAAGUCUCCUCGAACUAAGAGAAGCCGGAGUCCCCACUACUCCACCGUCAAAGUGAAGCAGGAACGUGAGGAGCAUCCACGGAGAGGGCGAGAGGAUCGGCAGCACCGUGAGCCAUCAGAACAGGAGCAAAGGAGAGCUCGUAACAGUGAGCGAGACCGGCACCGGGGCCAUUCCCGCCAGAAGAGGAGCUCUGAUGAGAGGCCUGGCAGUGGGCAGGGUCUGGACAGAGACAGCCAGAUUCUGCAAGCCCAGGAAGAAGAAAGGGACUUUCAUAAUGCCAGGCGCCGGGAGCAUCGCCAGCAGAAUGAAGGUGCUGGUGGUGAUGCUCAGGAGGUGAUCCCUCGCCCAGCUGGUAGCAGAGGCAAAGAAGUGCCUGUUAAAGAAAAACCAAGCUUUGAACUCUCUGGGGCACUGCUUGAGGACACCAAUACCUUCCGGGGUGUGGUUAUUAAGUACAGCGAGCCCCCAGAAGCCCGGAUCCCCAAAAAACGGUGGCGCCUGUACCCCUUUAAAAAUGAUGAGGUACUUCCAGUCAUGUACAUCCAUCGGCAGAGUGCUUACCUUCUCGGCCGACAUCGCCGCAUCGCUGACAUUCCCAUCGACCAUCCCUCCUGCUCAAAGCAGCACGCAGUCUUCCAGUACCGGCUCGUGGAGUACACUCGUGCUGACGGCACAGUUGGUCGGAGGGUGAAACCCUACAUCAUUGACCUGGGCUCAGGCAACGGAACCUUCCUGAACAACAAGCGUAUUGAGCCACAGAGAUACUAUGAACUGAAAGAAAAAGACGUCCUUAAAUUUGGGUUCAGUAGCAGAGAAUACGUCUUGCUCCAUGAGUCUUCAGACACGUCUGAACUAGACAGGAAGGAAGAUGAAGAUGACGAGGAGGAGGAAAUGGUGUCUGACAGCUAGCAGCUGAGAAGCACUCCUCUCCUCCCCAUUAGAAACUGUUCCUCCUGGAGGCCAUGGGGUUGACUCUCCAGCGCCUCUUCUUGCCUUAAGUCUUUGCUCUGUUGCUGCCCAGCUUGUGUUGCAGUAUGAGAACUCACUUCGUGUUUUUGUUGAACCUGGCACAUCAGCCGCCUGCCUGUGGGCGCUUGUUUCACAACAGUCUCACCAAUUACAGCAUGUCGAGUUUUGAGCAAAGUGUGUGGCUGUAGUGGGUGCCUUCAGAACUGCUGCACAGGAAACUGAAGCCCUUGGGAAGGGGAUUAUGGCUUGUUCUCUUUGUACAGUUUCUUAUUUAUAUAGUUGUUGAGCUUUGUGAACCAGGAAUUUCGUUUUGGUGACAAACCCUAGAGCAGAGACUCUCAGUAAACUUUGGUUGUCACCAAAACAACCUCCAGCAUAUACCACAGCUUUGACCUGCGUCAGCUCUUGAGUCACAGAAGUUGAUUUUGCACUUCGUCUUUUGGGGGUGACAAUUUACCACAUGACCUCAUUAUUGACUGCCUAAACAGACACUCACGCCGACUGUGUCCGGAGGUCAUGGCUCCUACCAAUAGGUGCUGGUGACAUACCAUGCACUGGGUUGUGGAGCUGCGUCUUCUGAUUUCCCCAUGAGGCACAGACCUAACAGUUGGGAUCACCUGGUCUUUUCUUCAGCUUGGCAUUUUUAUUCAGAUGUUACCUCUCUCUUCUCCCUUUGAGAAACACACUCAUGUUGACUUUGUAGCAGGGGCCCUGCUGUGGCCUAAGGUUGUGUGUAUGUGUCUAAAGGAGGUUGUGUGGCUUCCACAUUAUUGUUUCAGCUUUGACCAUGGGUUUGUAUUUACUUCCCAAAGAUGGAAAGCAAGAGGCAGCCCAGCUUUUGAACUUCCCACCUGGGGUCUGUGUAAGUAGAAAGGAAUUCAUUACUUACACUGUGUGUGCUUGUAAAAUGGUGUGUUUCGGGAGUAUGUGCUGAUUUUCAUAUGACAGUGUUUUGUGAUAGAAAUAAUAACACAUGGUAGGCAAAGGCCUGUCUGCAUUUGGAGAACAGGUUUUCAUUUAUAUGUAUUUUUGAGAUAAAAAAAUAAAAUUUGUAAAUACA